ACACAUUUUCUGUAUCUGGCUUUUUCCAAAAGAUAAUUGCUGCUUUUGUUGGUUUUGUCUCCUUGGAGAUUUCAAAAUUUAAUAACAUUAUAAUUAGCCUGCUCCCAGCACACCUAUAACGUCAACUGCUGCUAAACCAUCAGUUCUAAACUAACAAGCGAGCUGUUCGCAAGGAUUUAAACAUCCUGGUUGAGUCAGGUUAACUAAGACGCUGGUCGUCAAAAUCAAAAACUAGAUAAUAAUGGAAAAAAUAUUACGUCUUUCUUGUGUUUUCCUCCUUGGUGUCCUUUUUCAGCUGGUCGCCCAAGGUAAUGCGCAAAGCGGAAAUGGUAGUGAACUAACAGGCAGUCUUAUAAAUGCAUCAACCCAUGAUAUAUUAUCAGUACAGAAUUUUAUGACAUGUGUACGACGUGAUAUUCCUGGCUUAUUAUUCUAUAUGAGAGGAAGAACGUUUAAUGAAAUUUUUAUUUGUCCAAAUGGCUUAAUCAGUUUAAGGGAUCGGGUUUUCCAAAGCUGGCCUUACGUUAUCGGAACAUUGCCAUCACAAUUAAAUUUUCCAUUUCUUGCUCCUUAUUGGACAAGAGUCGAUCUCAACAGCUUUCGCAUAGGCGAAUCUAGAAUUCGCUUUGCAAGUUUUAACAGGAAUAUUAGAAACCAAAACACCUCUGUUUUUGAGCAAGUGAAUGAUGAUGUUAGAGAAUUCACGGGAAACACUAGCUUUAGUGCCGAAUGGGUAAUGGUCAUAACAUGGGAAAACGUUGCACCGUUUAAUGUUGGCAAUCUUACGGAGAGAAAUACCUUCCAAGUUGUUAUUCUAUCAGACGAAACGAACAAUUACGUCAUCUAUAAUUAUGGAGUAAUAGAUUGGGCUGCUGACGCUCCAAGUAGUUCACUGAGUCUGUUCAGAAAUCAAGCUGGAUUGCCAGUCAUGGGAUGGAAUGCUGGGAGUGUUAAUGGUGUUUUUAACGUCAAUCAACAAUACCAAAAUUUGCCAGGCUCAGGAACUGUGAAUGCCGAGAGUAUUGAGGAUGUCAUGGGGAACUUAGGUUUGGGUCGAUGGAUAUUCGACAUGGGUGCGCCGAUGACACCUUUUCCAGAAUUACGAUGUUUUCAAUGGUUCGGGAGAAACCUCCCCGCGAUACCUCGUUUCCAAUCAAGAUUUUUUUCAUGUCCUGCUUUUCGUUUACUGGCAUUUUUCAACAACUUUUUUGUUAGAGAAAUUAAUACUCAACCUAACGAACGGAUUUGCUAUGUCAGCGUCUUCCCCAUCUUUGGACCAGCUGUCCGGUGCUGCUAUGGAAUUAACUUUUUCUCCAGUCUUAUCACAGCACCCCCUCUUGCUGGCAGCGUGCUAUCCCAAAAUCCAUUGUAUCACAUUACAGAAGACGUGGAAGGACAUACAACCUGCUGCUUGGAAUCAACUUUCAGAGAUGUUUGUAAUCUGUAUUAUGCGUUACGUCCUGUCCAGACCUCACGUGGUUUCUUGAAAAGUCGGGCGGCUUUUGGAUUUGGUGAUCCACAUUUUCAAACUUUGGACCGAAGGAACUACACAUUCAAUGGCUGUGGUGACUUCGUGUUGGUAAACACUACAAACUCGGACGUUCAAAUCCAGGUUCAGUUAAGGCAAUCCACUGGUACUGAUCGUGGAACAAUAUUCACUGGCGUUGCGAUCAAGUACAAUAAUGUGCCUGCAAUUCAAGUGAACUUAAUACUUGGAGGUGGCUUGCUUUUGUAUUUUAACGGAUCGUUACGUGCCAAUGUUAGCGAGAUUGAAAACGGGCCCCUGCAACUUGGAAAUACAGUUGUGGCCACGAAAAUUAAUAACACUCUCCGAAUAAUUUCGCUCAACAAUAGUGGUGCUGUCAUCCAAGAUGAAAGGACUCACUUGCUCGUCUCGGCAACUCUUGACCAAAGUUUGUUUGGGCUAACCAGCGGCUUGAUGGGAAACUGGAGCGGAAUGGACACCGAUGACUUUCUGCUGCCCGAUGGUGCCAUUCUAUCUUCUACCCUGACAGAUGAACAAAUUCAUGUUGAUUUUGGACCACAAUGGGCUGUCACACAAAACAAUUCACUGUUUCUUCCAAAGAUGGCUGACGAAAGCUUCAAUUGUAGUGAAAGCUACCGUCCCAUCUUUAUUAGUAACUUCACUUUCGGUAAUACAUCAUUAAACGCAACAGCACAGAGCAUUUGUGGAGGGAACACUCAGUGUAUGUUCGAUAUUGCCGCAACUUUAAACAAUGAGAUUGGACAGCAAACGCUGAACAACCAAAUGGAAAUCCAGACUGAAAAUAAUGUAGUUGAUAAUAAUGCACCAGAAUUUACUGUUGAACAAGCAGUUUUAAAUGUAACUCUAAAUGUGACGUUUCAAUAUAAUGUUACGGCUUUUGACAUCGACGGUGACCCAUUUACCAUCAUAGCAGUUCAAUUACCACCUGGUGCUAGCGUUCAACAAAAUGGCAACAGUAGCACACUUUCCUGGACGCCAAACAACACAACUGCAGUUCAAAUUGAAUUCGUUGUCACGGACUCAAAGGGUGCAGCAUCGUCACUCAUAGCAUUUAUUAAUUUGUGCGCAUGUGAAAAUGGUGGUGUAUGUUUCAACGCUCAAACAAGUGGCAUCAACUCACUAUUGAACAAUGAACGUUUCAACGUUUUUGAUUGUCGAUGCGCUCCAGGCUUCGAAGGAGAAUUCUGUCGAUCGGAAGUCGAUCCGUGUCUCACCGAAUCUGGGUCACCUUGCCAUCCACAGACCAAUUGUACAACAAUAAAUUCCACUGUCUUCAUCUGUGGCCCAUGUCCCCCUGGUUUUACAGGAGAUGGGAGUAAUUGCGCAGAUAUUAAUGAAUGCAGCAAUAUGAAUGAUGACUGUGAUAUGGUAAAUGGUAACUGUGUAAAUACCGCUGGCUCAUUUGAGUGUCGAUGUCGCAGUGGCUUUCAACUCAAUGGAGACAGGAGAACUUGUGAUGAUAUCAACGAGUGUCUUACUGGUAUUCACUGUCAGCAGAAUUGUACAAAUUUGCCUGGAUCCUUCAGCUGUUCGUGCAAUGAAAAUUUCCAAGUCGAUCCAAACAAUGCAGAAAAUUGCAUGCCUCAAGAAAUUUGUAUUGGACAACAUGCCUGUGAGCAAGUAUGCUUCGUCGACCAGACUACCCGUCUCAAUUUCUGCUCCUGUAAUCGAGGCUUCACUUUGCAAAAUAAUGGUGUAAACUGCACAGAUAUUGAUGAAUGUUCAGGGAAUAAUAACAUAUGUGGUCAAUUGUGUGCGAACACUCCAGGAAGCUUUGGCUGCUCUUGUAUUCCUGGAUACAAUCUAAACAGCGAUGGUACUACUUGUCAAGAUAUAGACGAGUGUGCAGUUAGUUCACCGUGCAAUUCUAGCAUUGGCGAGAAAUGCUUCAAUCUUGCUGGCUCAUUUUUUUGCGAUUGCAAUAACGAUCAAAAUCUUGUUCGGAUAAACGGCGUGUGCAGGGUUUCGAAUGGAUCUGUUGUCGAGCCAGCUGAUACACCACGUUCUGCUACACCGAGCCAAAUUUCAAAUUCCCUUCGGUUUCGUAUUUUCAACUUCCAAUCCAUUCAGUAUACGAGAGGAAUUGAAACGUCCUUCAAACGUGCUCUUGCCGAUGCACUCAACACCUACUGUAAUGCAAACAUAACAAGAAGACAAGAAUGUCUUUUACCGGGACCUGGAUUCACCUUUACGCAGCUCAACAUACAUCGGAUUCCUGGAAACCUUGAAGAUGUUCAAAAUGACACCCGAGUUUCAUUCUACGUCCUUUACCCGAAUGGAACUCAAAAUACUAGUGGCUUCUCGGUUCCUUUGAAUGUACUUUUGAAUGCAUGGGGAGAAGAAUUGAUGGUGAUCCAAAACGCGACUGGACUUCAGCUGAUCAUAGACCAACCCGUGACACCUGUGACUACUACAAUCCCACCUACCACGGAUGAUGAUGAUGUAGACUGGCCACUUAUAGUUGGUGUAACCGUAGCUGGAAUAGUGGUACUGGUCUUCAUCUUAGUUAUCACUAUUCUGGCGUGUGCACGACGCCGCAAAAAUCGUCGUAAGUCGUUCGACCAACCACCAGGAUACUUGGGUACGGACGGUAGACACCCGGGAUUUGACGAAGAUGGCAUACCUGUUGAAGUUGGAGGUAAUCGCGGAAGUGCUGAGUACAACUUGCAAAGAUAAGGAAUUGAUGCUGGAAGCACUAAGUUGAAAGAUAAUCGUAAUACAUAGCAACUAUUAGAUAGUAGAUAGCGACACCGAUAUAUAUUACUUACGAAUAAGCAACUACGGCUCUAAUCUAAGCGAUACAAAUUUUCUUAACGAAUUGCCUUAGGCUAUAUAAGACAAUCAUAUUUAUUUCCAUUACAUUUGAAUGUAUGAAUUCAACUGUCUCAGCUGCAAUUGUUCGAAACUUUUCACGAGCGCAGUCAUUAUACAACACUGUAGAAAUUUCUACAGGCCUGUCCAUCGGUUUAAAUCUGAUGUGUCAUGAUUGAUACCAACAAAAUCAAUGUUAAUAAGUCAACCUGAGACAGUCAUAAAUUCAUCCAUGAUUUUUGUAACGUAGAAAUGAAAAUGACAAGAAAGCGCAACGAAAACAUUAAUCGUUUUGCUAGAAUCUUACAUAUUGAACAUGAAAGGUAUUCGUAAAGGGAAUAUUAUCUAAAUCAUAGAUAGAAAAAUUUAAUUUUAGCAAUUAGACGCCGUACAAAAGCAAUUGACAAUAUGCAACAUAUAUAAAUUAUCUAUAUUUAUUUUUAUGCACGAAAAUUAAGUAGCUAAAAGAAAUCCAAGGGAAAACUAGUAUGUUUAAUCAAUGCGUAAUAUUUAUAUUUAUUAUCUAGAUGUAAAAAUACAACUUUUUAGUAGGAAUAGCUUUAGUAAAUUGAAGAAAUCAAGCAUAUUAUAAUAAUUAGUAAAAUUUGAAA